CGUCCCGAGCAGCCCGCAUAGAUGCUGCUUUUAAAUAACAAAAGGGGAGGAGAAAACAUUCUCUAGUAAAGCCGAAUUCCUUCGUUAGACCGCCUCCUAAACGUGCUAAUAAAACUAAUUCGUUUUAUUUGCCCUGAACUUUUAUAUCUUGCCCCGUGCGCUGAUUAGCGCAGCCCUCUGGAAGGCGGUGGUGUUCUCCUAUCUCUCGUUUAGAUGUGCCCGUUAAGAUACGCCGUUCCCACAGUGAAACUGGGGAGAAAAUUGUCCCCGUUCCUCAUCGAGGGGCAGCGCAGAGCCUUUGUGGGAGGAAAAAUAAGAAAAGGGGGAAAAAAAGAAUGGGAGGGAAAGAAAAGAAAAUAGAAGAGAGGGUGCUGAAUGCACACAAAGGUGAAUUGUUUCUCCGAUUUUGCUUUUUAAGGCAGGAAACGUGUGGCUCUGCAGAGAUUCACGGCUGUUCUGAGAACAUUAAAGCGCGUUCAGCCCUUCAGGAAAUGUUCUGUUUAGGGGAAAUGCGUUCCCCCCAUCCAAAUGCUGCAGCAAUUAAGAGGUUGCUCGCCCGAAACAAGGCAGCCCGGCGCCCCCGCCAUGGAUUCCUUUAAAGGUGGAAUGAAUUUGGAGAGACUGCCCGAGAGCUUGAGACCCCAACCCUCCCAUGACAUGGCUUCCAGCUUCCAUUUGCAAAGAUCCUCGGAGCCCAGAGACCCGAUCGAGAACUCGGCCAGUGAAUCCUCCGACACGGAGGUGCCAGAAAAAGAGAGAAGCGGAGAGCAGAAAAACGAGGACGGGGCCGCCGACGACCCGGCGAAGAAGAAGAAGCAGCGGAGGCAGCGGACCCACUUCACCAGCCAACAGCUGCAGGAGCUGGAGGCCACUUUCCAGCGGAACCGCUACCCCGAUAUGAGCAUGCGGGAGGAGAUCGCCGUGUGGACGAACCUCACCGAACCCCGCGUCCGGGUGUGGUUCAAGAACCGCCGAGCCAAGUGGAGAAAGCGGGAGCGGAACCAGCAGAUGGACCUGUGCAAGAACGGCUACGUGCCGCAGUUCAGCGGGCUGAUGCAGCCCUACGACGACAUGUACGCCGGGUACCCCUACAACAACUGGGCCACCAAAAGCCUCACCCCGGCGCCGCUCUCCACCAAGAGCUUCACCUUUUUCAACUCCAUGAGCCCCCUCUCCUCGCAGUCCAUGUUCUCGGCUCCCAGCAGCAUCUCCUCCAUGAACAUGCCCUCCGGGAUGGGCCACUCGGCCGUGCCGGGAAUGGCCAACUCCGGCCUCAACAACAUCAACAACAUCAGCGGCUCCUCGCUCAACUCGGCCAUGUCCUCUCCCGCUUGUCCCUAUGGGCCGCCGGGCUCGCCCUACAGCGUGUACAGGGACACUUGUAACUCCAGCCUGGCCAGCCUCAGACUGAAAUCAAAGCAGCACUCCAGUUUCGGCUACAGCAGUUUGCAGAGCCCCGGCUCCAGCCUAAACGCCUGUCAGUACAACAGUUGACGGACUUGACACGAACCGCCUCCGACAAACACCGCCGACAAAGGAAAAAUUACUAAGAAAAAAAAAGUAAAAAAUAAAGCAGAAACAAAGCGACGUUUAACGGAAAUGAAUAUAUAUAUGUGUGUGUGUGUGUAUGUAGAAACCCGAUGAUGUGUAAAAGCAAAACCCGAGCAAGCGAGAGAGGGAAAGAAACAGCACAGACAAACAAACAAAAGCAAAAUAAUGGUGACAAUAAGGAUAAUAAUAAAACAAAACCCGAAAGCUCUGCGGACUUCGAUUGUCUAAAAACAAUAAUAAUAAUAAUACUGAAUACAAAUAAAUAAAUAGAAAGAGAGAUCCGACGACACAACCAACAAAGCAGCGCUUUAAAAAAAAAAAAAAUACAAACCGAUAGUAACCAUUAAAAAGCAAACCA